ACAGGACAGCUUCUUCAAACAUUUCUCCAAGAAAUAUAGUUUUCAACACAAUCUCAAUUUACUUGGCAAAAGUCUAGCUUCUUGUGGACUUAGUUAAAAAUAUGACCAAAUCCCACAUAAAGUUCUACUUCAAUGAAGAUUACAAAACCAGUAUGAAUUUUCGAAAGUUGUUCCUGCGUUCUUCACUUCUAGUCCUCCAUUUCGCAUUUUCUUCUUCCAAAGAAACCAUAACCAUAAACCAAACCAUUCAUGAUGGUGAGUUUCUGAUCUCUAGAAAAAAUAAUUUUGCAUUAGGAUUCUUUAGCCCCGGAAGUUCCAGGUUUAGAUAUCUUGGAAUCUGGUACCAUAAAGUCCGAGAGCAAACUGUGGUGUGGGUAGCAAAUAGGAAUGAUCCAAUCAAUGGUUCCUCGGGAGUUCUAUCAAUUGACCGAUAUGGAAAUCUCAUUCUCUAUAGCAACCAUAACCAGAAAGUUCCUGUAUGGUCGACAAAUGUCUCAGUGGAGGUUACAGAUACUUGUGUAGCUCAGCUCUUGGAUACAGGAAAUUUGAUUUUGGUCCAAGAUAGAAGUAAAAGAGUUGUGUGGGAAAGCUUUGAUCAUCCUACAGAUACUCUGCUACCAGGAAUGAAACUUGGGUUCAACCGAAGGAGAGGCAUAUACCGGUUCCCAAUAUCUUGGAGAUCAGCAGAUGACCCUGGAACCGGAAACUUCUCAAUUCAGAUCAAUCGCAAAGGAUCACCACAAGUCUUUCUUUACUGGGGUACAAAACAUGUUUGGCGAGGCUUUGUUUGGCCUUUGAAAAGUGAUGCAGGUGGAUCCAAUGUAAGUUUUGUCAACAAUCAAGAUGAGAUAUACGCGGCCUACUUUCUUUCUGAUGCUUCUAUUAUCCUAAGGGUAGUGGUGGACUAUUCCGGACUUCUUAAGAAACUAACUUGGCAUGAAAAAGAUGGCAAAUGGAAAGAAAUCUGGUUGGCGCCGAUUUCUGGGUGUCAUACAUAUGGAUAUUGUGGUACCUAUGGACAAUGUGAUCCUGAUGUCAUUAGAAAAUUUGAGUGCGAAUGUUUACCAGGGUACAAACCCAAGUCCCCGAGGGACUGGCAACUAAGAGAUGGAUCAGGUGGGUGUGUCAGGAAGCGAUUAGAGUCUACCUUAGCAUGUGGGCAUGGAGAAGGAUUUGUGAAAGUGGCACAUGUUAAAGUACCUGACACUUCAGCAGCAGCUUGGGUGAGCAUGAAUAUGAAUCCAAGGGACUGUGAAAAGGAAUGCAGGAGGAAUUGUUCAUGCUCUGCAUAUGCAAGCAUAGAAAUUUCUGGGGAAGGUACCGGCUGUUUGACAUGGUAUGGCAAAUUGAUGGAUACGGUACAUAAUAUGGAAGAGGGAUAUGAUAUUUAUGUUCGAGUUGAUGCAGUUGAAUUAGCUGAAAUCGCCCAAAAAUCAAAUGGUUUUCUUAGGAGGAAAGAUACUUUGGCCAUUUUAGUAGUAUCUGUUGUUUCAGCUUGGCUUGUCAUCAUCUUAUUUGCAUAUUUGUGGCUCAAGAAGAAGAAGAAGAAAAGGGUGAGGAACACAUGGAGCGAAAUUUGGCUUAAUACAAUUGGCUCAUCCUACAAGGAAACUUCAGUGCAAAAUGAAGUUGAAGAUAGCAUGAGUCAUCCAGACAUAGCAUUUUUCAAUCUCAGCACAAUACUUGCUGCGACUAACAAUUUCUCUCCAGCUAACAGACUAGGGCAAGGUGGUUUUGGUGUGGUUUAUAAGGGUAAAUUGUCUAAUGGAAAGGAAGUCGCUGUGAAAAGACUAUCGAAAAAUUCAGCGCAAGGAAUAGAAGAAUUUAAAAAUGAAGUUUUGUUGAUUGCAAAACUUCAACACCAGAAUCUGGUGAAACUCAUGGCAUGCUGCAUUCAGGGAGAGGAACCAAUGCUAGUUUAUGAAUAUAUGCCAAACAAAAGCUUGGACUCCUUUCUUUUUGAUGAAAAAAGAAGGUCAAUCUUGGAUUGGAGAAAACGCUUUGAUAUCAUCAUUGGGAUUGCUCGUGGAAUCUUAUAUAUUCAUCAAGAUUCUAGGUUGAGAAUUAUACAUAGAGAUUUAAAAACUAGCAACAUCCUAUUGGAUGCAGAAAUGAAUCCAAAAAUUUCAGAUUUUGGACUAGCUAGAAUCUCCAAAGGUGACCAAACUCAAGAAAUGACAAACAGAAUAGUUGGAACAUUUGGGUACAUGUCACCAGAAUAUGUGGUGUUUGGAAAGUUUUCAACAAAAUCUGAUGUCUUUAGUUUUGGAAUCAUAUUAUUAGAGAUCAUAACAGGGAAAAAGAACAACACCUCUUGUCAAGAGGAUUCUUAUCCAAGCAUGGUAGAAAAAAUAUGGCAUUUAUGGAAAGAAAAAAGAGCAUGGCAGAUAGUUGAUUCAUCACUAAAGGAGUCUUGUUCUCCUCAUGAAGUACUAAGAUGCAUCGAAAUUGGGCUCUUAUGUGUGCAAGAAGAUGUAUUGGAAAGACCGACUAUGUCAGCUGUUAUUCUAAUGUUGAGUAGUGAAAUUGAUCUUCCUUCUCCUAAGCAACCAGCAUUCAUUUUUAGUAGCUUAUUAGCAACAAAAGAAAGAUUUUAUUCUGUGGAUGAGGAAGCAAUUACUGAGGUUGCAUGUCGUUGAAUACAUCCCUCAUCAGUUACAUAAACUCUUGGUAUAGGGGAUCUAUAAUAUGCAUUUACUGAUACAUGUAUUUUUCUUGUUUAGACCCGAAUCAUUGUAUAGCUUCAAAAUACAAAUGUAUGUGGAAUAUAGAUAACUAUAUAAAUGUUAUGAAAAAAGAAUACUAAACGUUGCCAAGUAGUACUCUUUUUGAGAUGGUAUGAGAAUUUGCCUUUAUUCCAUGUGACAUAUUUCAAAAAUUUUAAGAGUUAAA